GCUGAUUACUGCGGGCCUUUGGCAACUUGUCUGUGAGAUUUGUCACUUUGAGUGUUGCUUUGAUGUUAUAAGUUUAAUAAUAUAAACAAUCGAGCCGGAGAGGUGGGGAGGUGUUGAAAGGCCCAUAUAAAAAUGAGACAAGACACAACACUUACCAGCUGUUUACUGCCGUCUUUUCGCUUCGCAAUGAGGUUACAGCAUCGGUGCGCGGCUCUGAAGCUCUCGAUGGAGAGAAAGCUUUCUUUUUGCAUAUCGGUGUAGUGCAAGAAUAUCAUUGUAGCGCAGUCUGUUCAGGUGAUCAACGAAGAUGUCCUUCUUCACCAGUUCCACACUUGUGGACAUCUGCUUGGCACUUGCUGGGUUGGCAUAUCUCGUCUACUGGUUCGCCACAAACAAUAACGAGUAUUGGAGCAAGAGGGGAGUGCCCAACGUGAAGAGGGGUUUACUAAUGCAAUCAAUAAUAGGGAAAAAAUCUCAAAAUGAAGCUAUCCAAGAACUGUACUACACGUUUAAGGGUGAAAGGUACGGGGGAUUUUUUCACGCCAAGCGCCCCGUACUCAUGGUCCGAGACCCGGAUUUGAUCCAUAGAAUUAUGGUGAAAGAUUUCACCAGUUUCCAAGAUAGAGGAUUUCACGGUGGAUCGAACGACCCUGUCACUUCUAGUCUUUUCAGUUUGAAAGGCCAAGAGUGGAGAUCUCUUCGCUACAAACUGACUCCAACAUUUUCGGCUGGGAAGAUGAAGGGCAUGUUCGACCAACUGUGUAAAUGUGGGGAUGGCAUGAUUGAAAAUAUAAAAACGCUUGCUCGUGAAAAUGAAGACGUGGAGUGUAAACAGUUCCUAGGUUCAUUCACUCUGGACGUAAUCGCAAGUGUCGCUUUUGGGCUUGAGUUCAAACCGGGCAGUCCGGAGUUUAACGAUUUCGUAUCGACCGUGAACAGAAUUCAUAAAAAUCAGUCCCCCCUUAAAUUCAUAAAAAUAGCACUUUUGAAUAUAUUUCCAAAGCUGAGUGGACUAAUUGGCGCCAGACCGUUUCCCAAAGAGGUUGGCGAUUACUUUAUCAAUCUGACGCAAUCUACUUUGAGAUACCGAAAAGAGAACAACAUCAUGAGGAACGACUACUUCCAACUUCUGAUGACCUUGAAAGAGCAAGAAGAGAGUGGGAAGGAUGUUGGUUUAACUACAGAUCCUAGUGAAGACGAUACAGUUGUAAACCAAAUGCAAUUUACUGGUAAAGACUCGUCACAGUCAAAAUCAAAAAUGUUCUCGGAUGUGGCUAUCAGUGCCAAUACCUUUGUCUUCUUAUCGGCCGGCACUGAGUCCACUUCUAGCAUCAUCAGCAUGAUCCUUUAUGAGCUGAGUCAGCACCAGGAUAUUCAGCAGCGUCUGCAGCGUGAGGUUGACUCUGCACUGAAGAGUCAAGGAGGUUGGAGCUAUCAGACCAUAAAGGACAUGACAUACUUGGAUCAGAUUGUCCAAGAGGCACAACGCUUGUACCCAAACUUCGUAAACUUGCAGCGAGUGUGCGUCCAGGACUACAUUGUCCCAGACUCCGACCUGGUCAUAGAGAAGGAUGUGUUGGUGUACAUCCCCCACUAUUCUCUGCAAAGGGAUCCGCAGUACUAUCCCGACCCUGAGCUGUUCAAGCCUGAGAGGUUUGAUGACAACAACUUCAAGCCGAGCUCAACGUACAUGCCUUUCGGUGACGGUCCUAGGAUAUGUAUAGCUAUGAGGUUUGCGCUGAUGGAGGUGAAGACUUGUAUCGCGAAGAUUAUGUCCGAGUUCACAGUGAAGCUCAGCUCCAAGACUAAACUGCCACUUCAGAUGAAGCGCCGAACUCUCACACCCACAGUUGAGGGCGGAAUCUGGCUAAACUUUGAAAAAAGAAAAUCUUCCAAAUAAAAUAUCUUUCAAGUGGUUGAUUCUUUUUACAUUUACUUAAUAUUUAAUUACACAACUUUGUACUUAUAUAGACCACUUGAAGACUGUAUUUUCUAAUAUUAAUAUCUUAAAGUCAUUUCUCAACAUAAUAUGCUAAAGUGAAGAAUUACAAAUACAACUCUCAUUUCUAAAAAUGAUAGUUAAUUAUAAGCUAAAAUAAUUUGAAAGGUGUGAAUAUGAAUAAAUCUAUUAACUGCUCAUGAUUCAUCCCAGUUUAUGGGAUGACAAGUUUAAAAAAUGAAAAAUAAAGAAAUUAAUAGAG